GACGUAUAGUCAGCUGAUCACGGGUUCUAGUGUUUGCGGUCGACCUUCAUUCAGUCCGGCGGUGUUUUUGGCUGUGUUUAUUCGCUGUACGGCUUUUCCUCCAUCUCCUAAACGAUGGCGAGCCAGUCUCAGGGCAUUCAGCAGCUGUUACAGGCUGAAAAACGGGCCGCGGAGAAAGUCACUGAAGCCCGGAAACGGAAAAACCGUCGCUUGAAGCAAGCCAAGGAGGAAGCUCAGGCAGAGAUCGAACAGUACCGUCUCCAGAGGGAAAAGGAGUUCAAGACAAAAGAAGCUGCGGCACUGGGUUCUCACGGCGACUCAGCCGUGGAGGUGGACAAAGAGACUUCGGACAAGAUGGGCCGCAUCCAGAGCAGUUUCCAGCAAAACCGAGAAGCUGUCCUGAACAACCUCCUGAAGAUGGUGUGUGACAUCAAGCCAGAGAUCCACGUCAAUUACCGCGUCGCUGGAUAAACCGCACACACCUCUCCACUGUUUUCUGAAGAAACACUGAGGCAAAGACUGCCAUUACACAACCGUAAAGAUGUUCCAACCAUGCAUACAUGUUUAGUUCCAGAUAUAACAGUUGUGAGUGACACAGCAAUCAUUUGUUUACUACAUUUCAAAAAUUACACCAGGUUAUUAGUCAGUCUUCAAUUCUCUCAACUGUUUUAUUGUUUCUACCUGCUGUAGCUUUAGAUGAAUGAUAUUUAUAUUGUUUGAUGAUGAUGGUGGUCCUGCAGUGGUUCAGUGCAUGUCUUUGUCUCUGCAUCGUUAGACCUGAAGGAUCAUCAGUGUUCUGUUUGGAUGUGAUAACAGUACAUAUGUAUGUGUGUCUGUACAUCUAGCUGUGCUGUGUUGUGUUGUUUAUAUGAAUUAUUAUUUAAAAGUUUUAUUUGAUUACUGCAUAAAACUGGAUAACUACAGAACCCUGGAGCGGCCACAAAAAGGUUUUGCAUGUGUGUAUAAAUAAAUAUUGAUCACAAAUACAUGUUUCUGAACUUCAGUUUACACAAAAUAACAAAUGGACUGCAAGAGAAAAGUAAACUGCGUUGAUGCAUUACCAGUUUCCAAAUUCAAUUCUUCAUACCCUGUUAAACUGCAUGGGGGGGGGGAAUCUUCAUAGCCACUGCUGGGUUCUGUAGAAAGUUUUUCCUCUGUGGAAUGUAUGACAAACCUGUCUAGCUGGGAAAUAGUUCAGCUCAUUUCUUAGUUUUUCUCAAUGGCUUCUUUCUCUAAUGUGUACCUGACAUUCCUCUGUUAGACCUGGCUGUGAAAGUACAGUAAAUGGUAAUAAAUGGUUGUGUGUGGGUGUCAAA